AUCCGUUGACCGUUGGGCGUUCCAAUUUCUCCCAUUCAUUUUAAUAUAAGUGGCCCGUCUCUGGCGGAAGUCCCCUCUUGGCUCUACCGUGACUGACUCCAUUUUGUGAGAAGGAAGCUGUUUGCACAUACACGACGUACUCACCGGAGAAAAAAAUAGACGGAAGAUGAGCGGCAGUCGCAUUUUCAUCGGUCGGUUGAACCCCUCUGCUCGGGAGAAAGACGUCGAGCGGUUCUUCAAGGGGUAUGGAAGAAUAAGAGACAUUGACCUGAAGAGAGGCUUCGGAUUUGUUGAAUUUGAUGAUCCUAGAGAUGCUGAGGAUGCUGUCUAUGAGCUUGAUGGGAAAGAGCUCUGCAAUGAGAGGGUGACCAUUGAGCAUGCCCGUGUCCGUCUGCGUGGGGGCCGAGGUCGUGGGGGCAGUGGAGGCAGUGGAGGACGUUUCCCUGGUCGAUAUGCUCGUGGCUCCCAGGACAGCAGAAGGAACCCUCCACCAAUGCGUACUGAGAAUCGCCUCAUUGUGGAGAAUUUGUCUUCCAGAGUCAGCUGGCAGGAUUUAAAGGAUUUCAUGAGACAAGCCGGAGAGGUUACUUUUGCAGAUGCCCAUCGGCCAAAGCUAAAUGAGGGUGUGGUUGAGUUUGCUUCACAUAGUGAUCUACAAAAUGCUCUGGAGAAGUUAUCUGGGAAGGAGAUCAAUGGAAGGAAAAUCAAGCUUGUUGAGGCAGGCAGGAAAAAAUCCAGGUCUCGCUCGCGCUCAAAUAGCUCAUCCCGUUCUCGUUCCCGAGGGCGCUCCCCAUCACUCUCUCGCAGCCGCUCCCGUUCCCACAGCCCCAAAUCACAUAACCGCUCCAGAAGUCACUCCCGUUCAGCCAGUACUUCUCCUGUGCGGCCCAAAGAAGCCAAGGAUGCGUCACGCGCUGAAUCCGCAUCACCGCCAACCCCAGCUCAGCGACCCCCACUGUCCCGGUCCCCAUCCACUGACAGUCGUCAUUAGACUCUGCUGUUCUUAGGGCUUAGAGAUACUUCUUUGGUCAAAAACUGCAAGAGGUUGGUGAAGUUUAUAGCAGCAAUAUUGGUCAGUUUAAGUCCUAAAAGUAGAGAGUCAGUCUCUCUCCAUGACAGAAGUUUGAGUUUCAAAGCAGGGGCUCGGUUGCUAUCUUAAAGGUAUUUUACAGAUAGUACUUGUCACCUUAGAUCAGGACAAUACAGCUCUGUUAUUAUUUCUAAAAUUACAUGUCUGAAAUGGGUACUUUGUUUCUUUUUAUCACCAUGUACAGAGUGAGGUUUGAUUGCUGUUUUAUGAAUAAUUCUUUGUUAUAUGCCGAUUGUAACAUGCUGGAGUUUAAGGUGAGAAUAGAAUUGCCAGCUUGACCAUGUAAGUGCAGAUACAAAAUUAGGAGGAAGCCCAGUGAAUUCCAAGCCAUUUUAAUUCCAACAAAUUGAAUAAAAUGUUGCUAAUACCCUUCAACUGUGAUACGUCCUCCCUGAUGAUUUACAAAGUCAAAGAAUUAUCUGCAUUUCAUCCCAUGUUGCAUGAGUAAAGAGGUCUUGUUACACAUGCUAUAACUUGUGAAACCCCCUGUAUCUUACACAAGCCUAUUCAUAUAUACAGUAUGUAUUUCAUUUCUGAUUGUGUAUACACAUUUCAGUGUUGACUUUUUGUUUGGAUAAAUUGUGCUUUUUUUUUUUUUUUGGCACCACACUUUUUUUUUUUUCUUUUUUUUAAGAAGAGAAUUAGAUUUUAGUGUGCUGUAGCAUUGGAUAACUUUUUGCUCUAUCAUAAUUGAGUAUUUUGGAGUGGUUUUAUGUGGAAAUCAGAUCAUUUUGAAUCAAGGUCAAGUUGUCUGUUUUGAUGCAUGUUUUUUUCAUUCAUUGCUACAUGUGUUACCUUUCAUGAUACAAAUAUUACACAUUAGUUUUUUGAAUGUUUAUAAAGUUUGUGUAACACUGUAAUAACAAAUAAAUUCUUGAACAGCUA